GUUUCUGAGUCAACACACACAGAAACGCCCUCUACAGCAAAUGGGCUCCUCAGAGGAGGAUGUCAUUUCCGGUGAAGAUAUGUGAUUAUUUCCGGGUUUUACAGCAACAUGGCAGCGCCCUUAGGUCUGCAGCUGGAGUUUGGAGGAGGAGCUGAACUUCUCUUUGAUGGGGUCAAGAAUCAUCAUGUGACACUCCCUGGCCAAUCAGAUCCCUGGGACAUGAAGCAGCUGCUUGCGUGGAUUCGAGGGAACAUGCUGAAGGAGCGCCCAGAGCUCUUUAUGCAGGGCGACACUGUUAGACCCGGGAUUCUCGUAUUGAUCAACGACGCAGACUGGGAACUGAUGGAAAACAUGUAUUGGCGUCAGGAUGUAAUUUAAAGAAACACAAUCAAUGGAAAAAAGUCAAUGUCUCAACAACUGUCAAUGACGGCCAAAACCUGCAAAUCAUGUGUUGAUUUAAAGCAGAGACUCUUUCUAGUGUUUUCCACGUUUUACAUUACAUAUAAAUUUUUUUGGUAUCUUCAGUGUAGACAUUUUUCUUUAUGUAUGCAUUCGUUUCCCUUACAGGGUGAACUGGAGUACCAGCUUCAGGACCAGGAUAAUGUUGUCUUUAUCUCCACACUUCAUGGAGGCUAACUGACUCUAAAUCAACACCACGCCCAUACAGGAGCCCCUUCACCCUUCAAAAGGUCAAAAAUCAGAUGAUCCAUCAACAACGGCAUCGGUGGCCGAUUUCAAUCCCAGCCGUGGGCUUCUCGACCAAUCCCGUGAAAAGGCUUAUUUUGAUUUUAAGUCUAAUAAAACGCAACGUCAUCGGGAAUCUGGCUGCAGAGGGCCGGUUCACUGUCCCCUGCACCUUACAGGAGCGUGGUGGGGUUACGAUGGGGAGCAAGGGCUCAUUAGGAAGGUCACUCUGUCUAGCCAGUGUCCAGAUGGAUUCUCCUGAGACAUGGUGGACCGGUUGCCCCAUGUCAAACGGCUCCGUUAUCAUUUUCAUUCAUUUUCUGUUCCGAUACCUUUAGAACUAUCAAUUGUGUUUACUAUCCAUAUUUUUUUUUAACUGAAUUAAUAAAUAUUGUCACAAUAUUGAUUUAUUUGUGUUUUUAUAUGUAGUGCAAAAAUGCAAAUCCAAAUUAGUUUUUUUGGUGUUUAAAUAAAGAUAUCUAUGCAAUACAA